CGCGCGCGCGGUGUCGCGCGCUCGCGGUGGUAAAAAUAAACGCACGGACAAGCGUGAGGAAUUGGCAAGGUGCGCGCGAGGUCCCAGCGUUCCCCAACUAGUCUCACGGGCGUCGAGACGCGCUGCUGCCUCGCGGUCUGUGCCGCAGCCGAGCUACCGAGAGCGACGAGACCGCGCUGGUACAGCGGCGAUACGUCGCGGACGUCGCACGCAACGAGGGGGAAAUGGAUCGCGGUUGAGGGAGACGCCAGUUCGCGCGAGCCAUGCCGUACGUUGAGCGGCGGUGCGUUUGUUCGUAGAGCCGGUCCGAGCUCCGAGGACCCUUACCGCGCUCGCUCCCCUUUCCCGCGGCGAUCGAGAGGACCGAGGGGCAGCGAUGCCCACCGUGGCCAACUCCUCGCUCACCUACGAGAUCCUCAUGUACCUCAACUCCUUCUACUUCGGCAUGUUCGCCGUGUGCGAGCUGUGCAUGGGGCUGUUCAAGGCCGCGAACAUGCCGUCGCCGGGCGCGGGCAAGACCCUGAUAGAGUUCGCGCUGCUGUUCUUCCUGAUACUGACGGAGAGCGGCAGGAUCUACCUGGGAAGGAAGGGAAACCUGACCGAGCGCGGGCUGCCGAUCCUCAUCGGGAUCGUCCUGACUGUACCCAGCUCGCUGGCAACGCUCUACUUCCUGCUCUGGCAGUACUACGUGCUCAGACUGGAGGUGAUCCUCUGCAGCAUACAGCUGGUACUGCUGGCGUCCGAGGUGGUCAUCGCCAUCAUGUGCCUUAUAGCCAUCUACCGGCCACCGGCCCCGGGGAAGUGACCGGCCGUUACCGCCUCUGACAUUCUAGUCGCGCGAUGACUCCACUUCUGGUUCUGCACCUAUCACGCUUAAUCGACCAUUCCGGGUGUCGUCGAGGCUGAGAUCCAAGUGUUUGCCGUUGUUUUGUCACGCAAUAAGACUUUUCUCGCUGUGUUACUGUGUAUUUUAUUAUUAUUAUUAUUAUUAUUGUUACGUCUGUACGCGUAAGAAAUAAUCCUGCGUGAGAAUAUUGCAUUACUCUCCCUCGAGUCUGAUAUAAAUUCAAUUCUGCGUAACGUUGCGACUUUGUCGCAAAUAUUUUUAGGCAAAGUAGCAAAGACUGGCCAAGUAAACGAUUUUCGUGCCGCACGACUUGUGUAUAAUCAAGAUUAUGAACACUGCCAUUUGUAAAUGGUUCUCACGUCUAAGCGACAGCUUGCAAAUCCUACGGAAAAAAAAAGGGGAACCGUAACGCCGCGUCUAUUUCUAUGUCAGAUAUAUCAUUGUCAGUGGUAAGAAACUUGCACGUGUAUGUUUGUUGUGUAUACGCAUUUAUAUCAAAAUAAAUAUUUUUCAAAUAAAUAAUACAAUACGCCGUAAUACAUGUGGCGUAACACACACACACAUACACGCUUUCUUUUCGUAAUGGUAUAAUGCCGACGUUUUUUCAGAUCACAUAUUUUCAAGUACUUAUCUUCCCAGAUACGUUAACACACGCGCAAUACAUUGGCUACUGCAACAAAUAUUUCGCAAAGUCCACACGAUCGAAAACUAUCGAAGGUACAUUCGCGAUCUACAUGGUAAGAUUACCCCAUUGUUACCACGGUGUCGAUUAUAAAUGAAAUAGGAUUAAAAUUUAGCGCCCACAAUUACGGCCAACGUCUAAUUACUACAGACCCCUAAUCUAUGACAAUUACGGCAAACAGUCGAUAGAAUUCUACUUUUACGAUAAUUAAAAUUGCAUUUCUGCCUAGGUAA